GGAUGUAUUCGGUGUUAAAGCACUUUCGACUUCGAGACCUCUUAACCAUUGAAACUGUUUUGAAAACAGAGACCACAGAAACAUUAUCCACUUCCAGGAGGGUUACUAGAUUUGACGAAACCUCAAUGUCCACCUUCACUAUGGCACUGUCUCUGUCUUCUUCUAAAGCUUCAUUUCCAUUCCUAAACCUGAGCUGCGGUUCAGCCACGCCAAAGAACAGGUUCGAUGCUAGAAGAACCAGCUUGGGUGCGGCGAUAAGAUGCGAACCUGGAAAUGGGUCUCUGGAGAUUGGUUCUCCAGUCAUAGUGGUGGAGGCUCCAAAGAUGAUCAAGACUGCUGCAUCAGUUCCCUGCCUCCGUGUUAACUCUGGCCUUGUUAAUCCAGGCGAUGUCGGAAGGAUAGUGUCGAGGAAGCCCAAAGAUGUGUGGGCCGUGCGACUGGCCAUCGGGACAUACCUCAUAGAUGCCAAAUACUUCAAGCCCUUAAAACUCGACGACGAUGACAAAAGUGAUAAUGCAACAUGAAGGAUACCAUCCGCGGAAGGCGUCCCGCAGAGCUUACCCGCAGCUGCGAUAUUACAAGACUCUUGCACUGCAUCGAUCGAGUCCCACCCCAUGUCCGGUGCAGCCUGAAGUGACUUCGAUCUGCGCUCGGAGACUUGUAUUUUCGGAUUAGUAAUUUCGAAACAGAAGGAGCAUUAUUUUUCCAAGGCCGCGGUGCCAUGUAAUCGCUUGAUGUUGUAUUAGAGAAUGCAUUAGAAAGACUAUUGAUCUAAUAUUAUAUCUCCACACACACACACAUAUAUAUAAUAUUACAAAUUAGAGAAGAAAA